AUGUCGCAGUCACCGUUGCCUCCCAAGCUCAAGGAGAGUCUAGCCAACUCAAAAUGCGAGUACCGCCAACUCGGAAAGAGUGGCCUUCGCGUCUCAGUGCCGAUCUUUGGCUGUAUGAGCUUCGGUGACCCGAGGACUCUUCCGUGGGCAAUUGGUGAGGAAGAGGCACUGCCGCUCCUGAAGAAGGCCUACGACGAGGGCCUCAACACAUGGGACACCGCCAACGUUUACUCCAACGGGGUGAGCGAAGAGAUCAUCGGGAAGGCAUUGAAGAAGUACAGCAUUCCGCGGCAGAAAAUCGUCAUUCUCAGCAAGUGCUACGGCGCCGUCGCUGAGGAUCCCGAGGGCCGCUACGUCUUUCAGCGAGACCUCUUCCAAGCGUCCAAAGACUACCAGAACCUGUACGGGCUGGGGAGGGCGGCCAUCUUCAACCAGGUCGAGGCCUCGCUGAAGCGCCUCGACACGCCGUACCUCGACCUGCUCCAGAUCCACCGCUUCGACAACACUGUGCCGAUUGAGGAGACUAUGAAGGCCCUCCAUGACCUCGUGCAGAGUGGCAAGGUCCGUUAUAUCGGUGCUUCAAGCAUGUGGGCGUAUCAGUUCGCGCAGCUGCAGUUUUGCGCCGAGAAGAACGGCUGGACGAAGUUCGUAAGCAUGCAGAACCACUACAACCUCUUAUACAGAGAAGAGGAGCGCGAAAUGAACAAGUUCUGCGAUGACACCGGCGUCGGUCUUAUUCCAUGGGCUCCCUUGUGCCGUGGCCACCUCGCGCGUCGACCUGAUGAGUUCGGCUCAACGGAACGAAGCAAAGGGGAGAAGGCCAACUCGGAAAUUCCUGAGACGGAUCUGAAGAUCAUCAAGCGGGUCAUAGAGACAGCGGAAAAGAAAGACUGGCCGAUGGCGCAUGUAGCCUUGGCCUGGAUCAACGGGAAGGUCGCCUCGCCGAUCAUAGGCUUCAGCAACGCCGAGAGAAUCGACCAGGCUAUCACGGCAAAGGGGAAGGUGCUGACCGAGGAGGAGGUCAAAUACCUGGAAGAACUCUACGAGCCUAAGAAGGUCUCCGGACACACGUGA